UGAUGAAUGACUUUCAGAUAGCUGUCUUGUGCGUAUGUAACAUAUCAAAUCAUUCGCAUUCGUCACAAUCCCAGUCUGAUAUUGGAUGUGAUUCAGACUCUCAAAUCGACCUCGCCGAAUGAAGAGACAAGGGUCAAGAGUCAAGAGUCAAGAGUCAAGAGUCAAGACUGGUGAAUAAAUUGUUCUGAUCAAUACUCAAAAGGUCCACCAUUGAUCAACCAAGACGCCCGUCAUAUCGAUUCCUUCAAGCCGUAACACCUCUCGCCACCUAGGCUCAGCCUCACCUUCAUUCUUUCACGUCCAGCUAUACGACUUUCAUCAUGUCGUGCCAAGCACCCAAAUUACCGGUCUUCAAGCCUGAUGUCAACCCCUACCCAGUGUAUCAAGAAUCAGCGUCGCGAAUUGUUUUCCCGGAAAUUCCAUCCUGGAGCCUACCCGUUCUAGCGUUGCUCGCAGUGUGGAGAGCCUUGAUGAUGAUGGCCUGUGUGUCAAUCGUAGUAAUACCUAUUUGGCGCGGAAAGGCCAGUCGAAAGAAACAUCUUUGGCUAUUCCGGACACACUAUCCUUCCAUGGCUUCAAGAAGAAAUCGAGUACCGUACAUUGUUCCUAAUCGAGGGUUAGUUGUGGCGAUUUGCGAGUUUUUCUCUUCAGGUCUCUAUUGCAUAUUAGCGUGUUUCAACUAUAAAUCAUUCACAACCCCUUCUUUCACCGAGAAGAUUCAAUUGACGUUAUGGUUUCGUACAUUGGUAUAUGGCUCUCGGGCUGGGGCCUGUGUCACGCCUGUUUAUGCAACGGAGAUUCUGCCCGCAAAAGGGUUCCCAGUUUCUUGACACCGACCAUCUUCAAUCUAUUGUGGGCCUCAUGGUUGCUCAUAGUACUUGUAGCACACUCAGUCUGCGCAACAUUGCUCACACAAGCUACGAUCACAACCUAUCAUCACUUUGAUAAACUACAAGCCGUAUUGGAGCAGGCAGAAGCAGAAUGGACGCCUAAUAGCCGUCCAGAUGUUCGAGCCAUGACAGCGCUUUUGAAAGAGUUGGAGAGUUUACUGACUAACUGUAAAGUGGUGGAGUUCCGGAUGAGUGUAUGGUACAUAUUUUGGAUUGUAUUCGGUUUGGUUCUUGCUUGCUUUUACGUCUUCACAGCACAAUAUCUUGUGAGGUUGGUUAGAAACCUUUUACAAAAGUGUCAAACUCAAGCUUUAGCCUGUCGUGAAAAUGUUGGACCAAAUCGAAGAGGUGAAGUACCUGCAAAGGAAUUAGUUAGCAAAAAUACUACUCAUGCCAUCACUGAAUUACAAAGAGAAUUUCGCUUCCUCGCUGCUCAUAGUAUUUUGAUCACGUUGGUCUUAAUAUGUGAAAUAGCAGUCCCGGCUUACCAGGUUGGACUCAGUCAUCAUAUCGCAUCAGGGGCUUGGCGAACAGGUAGUGCCUUCAUAGUAAUGGCACCGAGCACCUUUAUCUCGCCUGCACUGAUAUUCCAAUCGUGGAGACUGUUAUCAGAACAUAGCAACGCUGCAGAGUCAGAUCUGAACCAAGCUCUUUCUGAAACAGAUGAUAUCCAGUUACCAAUCUUUGCUACCCAAUUUCUCAAUGGACGCUUUAGCGCAGAGCCGCAAGGACCCGACGCGUUUUCGGCACUACCUAGUACUACCUCUACUAAGCAGUCUAGUCUUGAUGUUAGAAUCGUAAGAUCUGUUUCGGUAUUUGAUUCUAAUGUGACGGCGGACAACACGAGAGAGUUUCCUGGUGACUCAAAACUGUUUAGCUUUAGUGACUCUGACUCGAAAUGAGAUCAAAUUAUUUUUCUUACUCUCAUACAGCUGAGGUGACUACGUCUUCUUAUCAUAAAGUAACAUUGUAGCUCGGUGUUUAUGAAAUGUUGAUCGCUUGAUAUAUCAUUUCAAAACAUAAUCUGUUAUAUUGUGAAGAUUAACCAAUUUUUUAAGAUGUUCAUAUUUUGAUUGUUUCACUCCUUGGCAUCAUUCAGAUUAUCUUUUAGUUCGUCAAAUAUGCAAUUCUUAAUUUUGAUUCUCUCAUGGUGAUAGUUCAUGUUGCAAUUCGAUCGCUGUACUUUAGCUGUCUACCAAGAAAGCAAGGCUGAGACCUCCUGAAAUCGAGCUGCUGGUGUCAUGUUGCAACGU